AGUACUUUUAACCGUGGCAACACCAGAGAAAGAAAAAUAAAUAAAUAAAAAAUGACUAGGGCUAAAUUGACAUUUCAGUUUAAGUUACAAAUGUAAUUUCCCUUUUGUCAGAAGUCAUGACCUUCUGUGACAGCUUAUUUCUAUGGCAGGGAAAGCGCUCCAUGGCUGCUGAUUGGAGAUGUCACCUGAAAGCAUUCUGUUACGCCUGAUGGUGAAAUUAAUACUGACACCUAGUGUGAAGGAGAAUAAUUGCUGAUUCACAGCCUAUUGAGAGAGAGAGAGAGUGGGUGCUUGAAAUGAAUAAUUUGAUACUGUAUGUUGGUUGAUAUGUAUAUCAACUUACACAAGCAUCGUUUUCAGGCUGUAAGCACAUAACGUGUACAUUUUGAAGCUGAAAUGUAACUUAAUGUAGGAGGUAUAAGGAAAGGCAGACAUACGCCUCUUUUUUUAUGGCUACGCUUUGUGUGCUGUUCAUCAACGUUAGGCUUUAGUCACUGUGCCACCUGCCUGCCUGUGAUUAUUUGGGAUUUAAAUGCCCAGAGCAAAACGCACAGAGCAGCUACUCAGGAUAAGAUGAAAUAUUCAUGGGUGCAAAGCAGAUGUUAGCCUGACCCACAAUACACUGACAGUGCUUAGCUUUUUAGCCUGUGAGCGUGUGGGUGUUUUGUCGUGGAGGCAGGGGUGUAUGAUGGUUUCCACAUGUGUUGUUUGAUUGACAGAGCUUUGUGAAGAAGCCAGACCAGCAGUAUGGAGCCAUGUGAAUAAACUCAGGCGUCCUGGAAGAGGGCGAGGUGGAACACAAGUGGACACGCAGAAUGCCCUGAGCGUCAAGACCCCUCGGGUGAGGCCACAGCGCCCCCAGACUGAGGCCUACAGCACCAACCAAAGCCCCGUCUCUUCACUGCCCUCUUUGGAUGGGUGGGCUGCAGUCUGCAGGAGUCUCCCCCCAGAAAGUGCCCUUGACGUCUGCACAAAGCCCAGCCAAUCCUGCUGUGGAUCCCUCGAGCCUCCAAGAUGUAGCAGACUCGUCCAAGCUUCUUCAUGUGCAAACCAACCAAACAGGAAUCCUCACAGGACAGCAUAUGUUCCAUCAGCAGCACCCCACCUCAGAGCUGGACAGUAGUCCAGUGCUCCAUGGCCCUGUCCCCAUGGGGGCUGCUCGGCGUCCCAAAUAUUCAAGGGACCAGGGGAGGCCCGACUGCUCUCCACAGAGAAGCCUGGGUUUACCCAGUCCGACAAAAACACGCCCCACGUCCCUGUUUGUCCCAGGAGGAACAUCCCUACUGCCAGCAUCCAGCAGCACCACUCACUCUGCUCUGCAGGAGAAGGUGCCGUCCGUCCCUCGGCAGUCUGGGAACCAGCGUUUCCCUCCAAAUCAAAACCUGCUGCUGUCUCUACCAGAACCUCUGCCUGUUCUCCACCCAAAACCACAGAAUAGCCAGUCGUGUGCAAGCUCAGUACAAGCCACGCCUCCUGCCUGCCUACAUUCUCUGAGCAGUGAAUCACAAAGCAGCCCUCACAGCCGAGUCGCCCCGCUAUGCUGUGCUGUCAUCAGACCCAGAAUGCAGGUCCAGAUUUCUCUUAACUGCAGCCGAGCCCUGAAGAAUCCUCCAGUUUUGGCCCAUAACAGCUCCUUCAUUAACGCAGCCCGUCCCACGCCUACUCCUGCCGCGCAGGUCCGGCCUGUUGCCAGGGCCGUUGCCACGGGGAUGCCCGGCGCCGCUAGGCAGCAGGCGAGUGCCAGGGCUGGAGCGUGUGCCAGGACUAUGCCAGAGCGAGUGCUGGCGGGGAAGAGUCGAGGUCAAGAGGUCAAGGAGGAGCCCCAAUCUCCUCUGAGUUUACUCUCCAAGAAAGAGAGCGAGAGAGCAGAGAGGGAGGAGCGUCGGGCUGAUGAGGAUGAGAAAGACUCUCUCCGCCAGAGCGAGGCCGGUGAGGACGAUGAUGGUGAUGGUGUUUCUGCCUGGUACAGGCUGCAGUUGGAGAAGCAGAAGCAACUCAGGGAAAAGCUUAUGAGUCACAAGGAGAAGAGGAGGCACCUCCAAGCCCAGUACCAGAGGAGACAAAAGCAGGGCAAGCUCCAUGAAGUUCACCUUAUGGGAAAAAUCCUUGAUGGAGCACCCCAGCGGUGUCCUCAGCCAUCACAGGUCAGCAAACGGGCUCAGAGCACCCGGAAACCCACACAGAAAACCAGGCCCUCAACCUCAAAUCUACCCCAGCGUGACUCAGAGAGUCGCCCAAACCUCCAGCUGUGCCAGCAACAGCAGCAUGGGUCUGCAUUACUGCCACCACUCAAACCUCCAUCUAAACCUGCCUACCCUCAGACACAUUUAGCACAGUGCUCUGCUGCUGCUGCCCCAGUGAGGCGGGCUGUGCUGUGGCAUAGGCAGAGUUUUCAUGGACAGAGGUUUUUGGGGCAUGACGAUGCAUCUGGAGGGUCUUCAGGAGAGCUGGGAGAAUGGCAUGGGAGGACGAGGAAGAUGAAGAGGUUGGCGAAGGAGCUGCCGUCCAAAUUGAAAGUCGUUAAGCACGUCAGAAUGGAGGAGGAAGAGGAUGGUGUGAGUUUGAGGUUCCCAGCCCAGGUGAGCGAAGGCUCCAGAGUGGUCACUUUCACUCGGACCACCUUCUGCGGACCCCACGCGCUCAGACAGGUGUGUCCAAACCUGUGGAGAGGGACUGCCUCCAAAAAGCGCCACGACAAGGGUCUUAGAUUCUGGAGUGCAAGAAGAACCUGUCACUGGUCAGACCAGCACAAACUGCAUAGAAAGGUUUGACCAUUAAAAAUGGCGACAGAACAACUGGACAUGCCACCUUUGAAGAUUCUGUCACGUCAGCCGGUGGAUGCAAGUGGUGAUUAAAAAUAUGUUCUCCUCAGGAAUAGAGGUGAAAGACAGGAAGUAGGCUGUAAUUGUGUUUAAAAUAAAACCACAAACCCAGUGUUUGGUUUGUAUCGCAUUAGUCCAGAAGGUGGUGAGUUAAAUCCAAAAAAAAAAUGCUUUUGGUUUGCAGUUGUGCAUAUUUUGAAGAGACAAAUAGAGUACUUAGUGCCUGCAUUAUGAAAAUGAAUGUUCAUUAUUUCCAGCUUUAUACUCUUCCUUUAUGACAGUGAUUCUUGCUACAUGCAGUAUUUUGUUCCAUUAAACUUUCAGUGUUUUGUUCUGUUAUUGCACAAAAAUAGCUCUCUGAUGCCCCCUAGUGAUUAAUCUUGGCACACUUGGUUUAUUUACCAGAUUUCGUUCUUUAUCUGAGCCUUAAGGUUUGUGCAGUAACUUUGAUUACAUGUGCCUUGAUGCUGUUGAGGUUUUGGGGGGGAAAAAAAAUCAAAGUUGAUUAAAAAAACCUUUCACAAUUCA